GUCCCGGCCAGUGCCUCUGCUUCCGGCUCGAAUUGCUCUCUCCAAACCCGCCUUCAAUAUGUCUGAGACUGCGCCCGCCGCGCCCGCUGCUCCGGCCCCUGCCGAAAAAACGCCAGUGAAGAAAAAAGCCCGCAAGGCCGCAGGUGCCGGGAAGCGCAAAGCGUCGGGACCCCCAGUGUCCGAGCUCAUCACCAAGGCUGUCGCUGCCUCUAAAGAGCGCAGUGGCGUGUCCUUGGCUGCGCUCAAGAAGGCGCUGGCGGCCGCUGGUUACGACGUGGAGAAGAACAACAGUCGCAUCAAGUUGGGUUUGAAGAGCCUGGUGAGCAAGGGCACUCUGGUGCAGACCAAGGGCACUGGUGCGUCGGGUUCUUUCAAGCUCAACAAGAAGGCAGCCACUGGCGAAGCCAAGCCCAAGGCCAAGAAGGCGGGCGCGGCCAAGCCCAAGAAGCCUGCGGGAGCGGCUAAGAAGCCCAAGAAGACCACGGGGGCGGCCACCCCAAAGAAGAGCGCUAAAAAGACCCCAAAGAAGGCCAAGAAACCUGCUGCGGCUGCGGGAGCCAAAAAAGCAAAGAGCCCCAAAAAGGCUAAAGCAGCCAGGCCCAAGAAGGCGCCCAAAAGCCCAGCGAAGGCCAAAGCGGUGAAACCCAAGGCGGCUAAACCAAAGACCGCCAAACCGAAGGCAGCCAAGCCAAAGAAGGCGGCAGCCAAGAAAAAGUAAGAAGUUUCUUUGGCCAACUGCUUAUGAGCUCAACACAACCCAAAGGCUCUUUUCAGAGCCACCCA